AUGCGUCAAUACGAGCUCACUUUGCUCAACCGCCAGGUGCUUCUCGAAGCCUACGUCAGCAGGCGCAUCGGGGGUGUGGUCAUCAUUUUCAACCUCUCCUUCGUUGUGAAAGUGACAGGACGGGACGAGCUCAGUGUCAGCCACAUCUUUCAACGAGACGCCCCCGAGAAUGCCAAACCAAUGGCGACCUAA